AUGGUUUAUUCUACAGAGACAGCAAAGUGGAAAGCUUACCAAUUUUCAGACCCAUUUGCAGCUGGUGCUUUUGUGGUCUGCAAUAAGAUUAGUAAAUCAUUUUGCAGACCUGAUUGUGAUGCUAGACCCAUCACAAACCUUAAAGCAGAGAUUAAGUUUAUGUCUCUGGCAAAUGAUGCUUUGAAACAUGGCUAUGAAGCCUGCUCUCAUUGUGACCCAAUCAACAUGCAAGCCAUCGAUGUGAACUUGUUGAUUAAUUGUGUUACAACUGUGAACAAGCAAAUUGGCUUCUUAACCCCAUUGAUGGAUGAAAACGAAGAUAAAAAUAAUGAAAGAAUCAAAGAAAACAUUUUGGAACUGAAGAAAAUUGAAGAAAUUUCUAGAAGAUCAUCUGUCCCAGUUGUCAGCUUUGACGGUAAAUAUUCAAAGGACUUUGAAAAUACAUCUAUUUCUAAGAACGACUCUGAUCACUACAGAUUAGUUGAUUUAGCUUGUCGUCAUUUGGCAUUGGCUGCUGCUGCUAACGUUUUUCAACAAAGCUUGCCAAAGGUUCCAUCCUCACCAGAAGAGGUGGGGGCUUCUCCAGGUAGUAAGAAGAGAAGAAGAAGAGGAGGAGUUUUGGGAUUUAAAGAAUUAGCUGCUAAGAGUAAGUUAUCAGCAUGGCAUUUCCAUAGAGUUUUUAAGUCUGUUACUGGUUUAACACCAAAGACCUAUGGUGAUAAAUGUUCUGAAUACCUCAACACUAUUAAUUCAAGUCCAAACUUAUUGAGUGUUCCAACAACUUCAUCAGCUAUCGGAGGAUCUCCAGUCUUCCGUACCCCAGUGUCUAAUAUAAUGGAAAGCGAUUCUCAUCCUACCUCUCCAGAAGGCUCAACUGCAUCAACAAUUCCAACAGUCUUCAGCGACAGUAAGUUAUCGAACAACAUAUCAAAUAAAAGAAUAAAGCUUGACGCUAAGCAAAAUAUGAAUGAUAAUAUGUAUAACACUUCAGUUCCAUUGAACGACCAGUCAUUCCAAAGCUUUUCAUCAUUAAAUGUGUUCACUCCACCAAUGAGCUCACAAGAUCAAAUUCCCCAAGUUCCAAGUCAAGCAUCCUUUGACAUGAACUUCGCUCCACCACAACAAGCUACAUCUGAUGUACCUUUUGGUACCAAUUUUGAUGAAGGUAUUUUAAAUAACUACUUGAACUCAUUCAAAUCGCACAACUUACCAAAUGACAUUACAUCUGAACCCCAACUUUCAUUUGAGCAAAAGCAGCUGCCAUCUACUGAAACCAAUAAUUUAUAUGGUGCUACAUCCUUAUUUCCACCUUCAAAUAGUAAUGCCUAUGACGGUUCUCCACUUUCUUCAAUAAUACCUGAAGAUAUCAAUACUGUUAAUACUGAUAGUAUAAACACCGAUCAUCUUAACUUUAACUUCAAUGACACUGGAUCACAAUUCUUGAAUACUGGCUAUUCAGAUGAAUUUCAAUUUCCAAUCGAAGAAUUUCCUGUUGAGUUAACCAACGAGAUAUAUUAA